UCAUCAGUCGUGGCUCAUUGGGUUCAUACGGGCAUGUGUGUUUAUUAUUGGUGCUUGCGUUGUAUCAAAUAUUCCGUCUGAGAGCAAUUUUAGCGAUUUACAAAUAAUAUUCAGUUUUUUUUUUAUUUCAGCCAAAACCGCGCCAUUUUUUGUUUGAACCAAACUGCGGCCACGGCAAUUUUUCUUUCUGCGGUUCCGUUGAUUGGUCGAGAGCGCCCCCCCCCCAAUCCCCCCCACCCACGCGAUUGCGCCACGACCAAUCACGUGCAAGGACGGCGGCGUGUGCCUCUGCGAUCCCCUUCAACGUUGCGGCAAUGAGCUCCAAGCCGGCGUGCCUCUUCGCGCUCAGUUCUGCGGCUGAAGGUGUGUCUGCGCAGUCCUUUGUCCAGUCGUACACCCUGUGCAGCUCUGCGUUUACGCUGCAUAUUGCCACACCUGGGGGAAAGCUGCCAGAGUUUGUCCAUCAGGAUGAGGCUUCUCUUCGUUGGCUGCAGGACUUCUGCACAAAACCGCAAUCCACCCCACUCCGCCUGGAGUCCGUCGACGGUGCGAGGUACAAUGCCCUCUUCCUUCCCAGCAGCCUCGGCGCCUUGAGCGACCUGGCACACAGUGGAUACCUGGCUCAAAUCCUGCAGCAUUUUGUCGCUGAGAAAAAGCCCAUAUGUGCUGUGGGACACGGGGUCGCCGGGCUGUGCUGUGCACUCAAAGAGGACAGGGGCUGGGCGUUCCGUGGCUACAGCCUCACUGGGCCGUCGGUGUUUGAGCUGGUGAGGAAACCGGGUUUUGCUAACCUCCCUGUGAUUGUGGAGGACUUCUGCAAGGAAUCUGGAGCCACCUAUAGCGCCAGCGAAGUGGAUGCCGUGCACGUGGUGAUCGACCGACAUGUCAUCACGGGCCAGAACGAGCAGUCGACCGUCGCUGCUGCUCAAAACCUCGUUCUGCUGAGCAGCUCCAGAAAAUGACAUCGCUGGAGAAGAUUCACGUGAAUGACUAUUACCUCUUAUCACGAUUGUUGUGUACACGACUCGUCAUGUCGACAAGACGACAGGUCCCGGUCUAGAGUUCUAUUGUUGGGAUUCGGACCAACAAUAUGCUCAUUCAUUUGGGAUUGGCUUGGUUUUCCUUGCAUCCAUACCAAUAUGAAUCUCACUCUCUCUUUCCAUCUGGCAUCUCGCAUGUGAGUUACUUGUCAUUUUUUUCUGUUCGAGUGAUGCAGUGGAAAUUGUCACGGACAGCCAUGUGUGUGUAUUUCGGUCAUUGCAAUGGGAGAAAAUGUAAUGGGGAAGAAAUGUGAAUGCGUAAUUUGAAAUGUAGGUUCAAUUUAAGACUACAGCCAACUCUGGUGCAUGGUUAUCUUAACAUGUUUGAUAUUUACCUAUAUAGAUUGGGGGAUGAAGACGUAAAAUGUGUCUAAUGGUUUGUUUUACUUAAAAUGUAUUUUUUUACUUGUGUUUGUGGUCACGUGUGCAAUGAGCCACUGCCCCUCUAUGAGUUAGGAGCAACUUAUAAUUAAAUCAAUGUGCAUGAAGAUAUUUUAUUUAUUUUUCGCAAGCACUGUUCAUUCGUAACCCGCAAGUUUUUGGAACUCUUCCGCACCGCCUGUGAAAGUUUCCUGGCUUGGUUGGGAAGUUGGUGAAUUGUGGUCUGGGAUGUGGAGACCCCUUGGACAAAUUUCUUUGUUGUGAUAACUCUUUUUUGUGGCUUUUUUGUUUUGGUGCCAGUUCUAAAUUUGUUUAUUCAUUUUAGAUUUUGCUUAGUAGUAGGAUUUUCAUUUGCUUCGUAGUGGCUGUAGAAAGGAUUUGGUCCUGAUAUAUAAUUAAUGUACAGUGUUAUGGGAUGCUAUUAGCAUGAAUGGCACUCCAUAAAAUGAAAGUAUUAUUAAUCUACCCACGAAUUAUCGAGAAGUAACUUUUGAAUCUGCAUCCUUGGUUGUUGGGGUUGGAAUUGCACAUUGGGUUCAAUUAAAGUGCCAAAAAUGCAUCAGCAUUACAAACAGAUGUAACAACUUACAAACAAUAUUCAUAUUAAGAGCCUUGACUAACUUACGUGCCAAGUCAAGUGCUGAAUUAGCAGUAGAGUAAUUUCCAAACUUGCAUGAAGGAAAUGAUAUGCACUUCCUCCAGAGAAUUGCUACGCUGUGGCUGGUCUCCCAGUUCUGUUUUCAACAUCGCCGAGGGCUGGGCAGGUUUCCUGGCGGGUCAGGCUGUACGGAGGAGUCCCUCUGCAGCUGCGCGUUUCUGUCACGUGUCAUCUUUCCACUUAGAGACGAAAGACAAACUGUACAUCGUGGUCGUUUACAGCUCGAUUAGUUGAUUUCCGUGCGUUUGAGAAUGGCCCAUGGAAGUGGCUAUCACAGAGCUACCUCUGAGAUCCCUUCAAAUGAUAUUUGGCCCAUACAGCAGGAGGCAGCACUUUCCUAUCUGACCUGCCGCAUGAGAGCGACGUUCAUCGCAUGACAAGUCAAACUGAAUAUAUUCGCCCUGGAGAAAGCCUACAUGUACCUAUGCAGAAGGCUCAAUUUAGUUGCUGCUGAUAGGACAGCCUACGUUCUGUAUGACCUCUAGAGGAACCUCCACUGUCCGUGCAUCGAGGUGUAUUUACACGUGGUCUUGGUAUUAGCCAAUCACCUUGGAGGAACGUCACUGUUAACAGGCUCAGAACAUCGCACCCACUAGUGGCUCGUCUGGCUUUAGCCAAUGCACAAGAGCAGCCAUGUCAUGAGGUGACAGUGGCAAGGGAUGUUGGGGGGAGUGAUGUCGUGAGCUUGGGGGGUGCCAGAGUGGUGGGUAGGGGGGCCGGGCCUGCAGUUGGCAGCCUUGGUGGUGCAAAAUAGACUUCACCCCCACCCCCCCACAAAAUCCCUGUGGACACAGGUCGCAGUGGAUUAACUUGACAUAAGCGUGUGUAUAUCCCUGUGUGUGUCUAUACACACCCCUUUAUCAAUCAACUGCUGGAUGCAGGCCUUCCGACACCCGUUUGGUCAUGGAGGGUAUUGCUUGACCAUAUCUCACCUACCAUGCUGCUCAAGUGCAGUUUGGUGAAGGUGGUGUGCCCAAAACUGGUUGAGAUAUCGCUUGCUCAUCACUUUUGUUCGCAGUGGCUGGGAAUGAGAACUGCGUGCGGUCGCUGGGUUCGUAGCACAAUGCGCUCAUCGCUCGAUCAACAGAUGCUAUGUACUUGAUGUAUUGUGUUAAACCAGGGGUUCGGCAAACAAAAUAACAAGUCGUUUUCGACCAAAAUGCAAUAAUUCAAGAGCCGCAAUGUGGUGAAUACGAGACGGUGGUCCUUAACGAAUAACGCCACAGAGCGGUUCUUAAAGAGCCGCAGGUUGCCGAUCCCUGGGUUAAACGGUUGUGAUAGGCAGGAGCGAUUUGAAACCGUUUCAUUCGCUCGUUAACCCCAAGCUUCCGCGUGUCCUAUCCCCCCCUCAGCCGCAGCUCCUCCGCGCAGAUAAUGCCGAUGCGUUGGCCGCUCAACGUCUUAAGACGUCACCUUGGUCCCCAUCCUUAGCCCCACUUCCCCGUCCCCUCGUGCACCCAGCAUGUCACGAUGUCAUUUACCCCCCCCCCCUUGUAAUAUGGUGGUGCCAACCAUAACUGUGCAUUUUGACGGGGGGGGGGGGGGGGGGGGAUAUUGCUGUCUGAACAUGUGAUGCUCCCAUUGCCAGGGUAACAUUUCCCGUUGUAGGGACGAUGGUUUCGUUCUCAAUCGAGGCCACCAGCAGUUGCCCAACUCGGGGGAAGCUUGUAAGCAAAUAAGGGUGGAAUGAUUGUGGUGAAUAUAGCGGCCACUCGUUGCUGCAGGAUUCAUUUGAACACGUUGCGUGCAACAUACACAAAAUCAAUUUUGCGCGAAAAAAUAUUUGAUGAUGAGAUCGUGUAGUUAUUUAGCCAAUCGUAAUGUGCCAAUUGUCCCUUUUAUAGUGUGAGUGAUUGUAACUGUGCAAUGUACAGUUGAAGGUGAGAAGGAAUAACGUGGGUUUUUUUUUAUUGUGAAACGUUACGGUGGAUGAUUGUCUUAAGUGUUGAUGAUUUGUGUGAUGUGCACAAGUUUAUUUUUAGAUAAUUCUGUAUUAAUGCUAAACAUUGUAUACACUUUUAACACACCGUUGCAAAGCAAGUUAUUUUCUUGUUUUCAAAUUGUAACUUGUGGAGGAGAGUUUCUCAACUCUGUUCAUCGUGACUGCCCUACCCGCACCGUACAGCUUUCUGUGAUGACCGACCAUCUGGUGCUUGCAGUGUGCAUUGCCUUAAUUGGAUGGGAAUGGAACGUACGGCAAUUGACACGGGGACUGGAGUUCACAAACACUCGUCCGGAUUAUGCUAAUAUAAUACAUGAAUACAAGUAACUUUGUUUUGGCUAAGGCCAGUUGAGCUGUGAAGCUCUUAAUCUUAAUUAGUUACUUUUAACCAAGAGUGAAUUGCCCGUGGUGUAGUGUAUCAUGCAUGACAUAUGUAUAUGUACGUAGCCAAAUGUUCUCAUUGGAGGUGCGGGAACAGACAAGGCUGACUGCUGAUCGUCUCACCAUUAAAAACAGACGGCUUGUUCUCACUUUGAAUAGUAACAGUUUUAUUAAUCCUAUUCAAGCCAACACCUAGCAGAAAAAAAAAA